CCGGAAACCAGAGGCCGACAGCCUGGACAGCUAUUUAAUGCCAGAGAGGGACGGCCUAGGCCUUCCACCGGCUUCAGGCUUCGCGUCCCAAUAACCAAAACAACAGAAUCCCAAUCAAAAGAAGAGAAGAAGAAGAAGACGAGGAAUUUAUAUAAUUGAAUCGAUCGAAAUCAAGAAGGGGAAUAUAUGGCCGGUGGGCAGUCGCGGAAGUGGAUGAUAUUGGUGGCGACGGUGUGGAUCCAGGCGUUCACGGGGACCAACUUCGACUUCUCGGCCUACUCCUCCGACCUCAAGGCCGCCUUAGGCAUCUCCCAGGUCCAGCUCUCUUAUUUGGCCACCGCCUCCGACCUCGGCAAGGCCCUCGGCUGGUCCUCCGGCCUCGCCCUCCUCUACCUCCCCCUCCCUGCCGUUCUCCUCCUCGCCGCCGCCUUCGGCGCCGCCGCCUACGCCGCCCAGUGGCUCAUCCUCACCGGCCGCCUAUCCCUCCCCUAUCUCCCCGUGUUCCUGCUAUGCUUGCUGGCCGGCUGCAGCAUCUGCUGGUUCAACACCGUCUGCUUCGUGCUGUGCAUCCGCAACUUCCCCGUCAACCGCUCCCUCGCGCUCUCACUCACCAUCAGCUUCAACGGCGUCAGCGCCGCCCUCUACACCCUCGCAUCCAACGCCUUGGAUGGCUCUUCCUCCACCUACCUCCUCCUCAACGCCACCCUCCCCGUCCUCGCCUCUGCCGCCGCCCUCCUCCCCAUCCUCCGCCAGCCCCCCACCCACCUCCUCCUCCUCCCUCCCGACGCCACCCGCCGCGACUCCCACGUCUUCCUCCUCCUCAACCUCCUCGCCUUCCUCACAGGCCUCUACCUCCUCCUCCUCAACUCCGUCUCCUCCAACCCCGUCCUUGCCCGCCUCCUCCUCGCCGGUGCAAUCAUCCUCCUCCUCUUUCCCCUCUGCAUUCCCGGCAUCGUCUGCGCUCGUGACUGGGCUCGGCGGACCGUCUACUCUCGCCUGGGCACCAACAACCACAUCGAGGGCGUGGAUCUUCGAAAGCAGCUCAUCCGCGGCACCAAUAUAAACAUCAACAUCCACGAGAACGAUAGCAACAACGGCAACGGCGGCGGCGGCAGCAACGAUGAUAGGGCCGUUGGAGAGGAAAGGCCGCGAUGGUGGUGCUGUGAAGGGUUGACGGAGAAGAACCAGCUGGUGGCGAUCGGCGAGGAGCACAGCGUGAAAAGGCUCAUCGGCCGGAUCGAUUUCUGGUUGUACUACGUGGCCUACUUCUGUGGUGCAACGGUGGGGCUGGUGUACAGCAACAACCUGGGCCAGAUUGCCCAGUCCUUGGGAAUGGAGUCCAAGACCACCAUGUUCGUCACCGUCUACUCUUCCUGCUCCUUCUUUGGCCGUUUGCUCUCCGCCGCCCCCGACUUCCUUCGCGGGAAGGUGCACUUCGCUCGAACGGGAUGGUUGGGGAUAGCGUUGGUGCCGAUGCCGCUGGCCUUCUUUCUGCUAGCAGAGGUGGGCGAUGGUCAUGCUCUGCUUGCAGGCACGGCGUUAGUGGGACUGAGCUCGGGGUUCAUCUUCGCUGCCGCGGUGGCCGUCACAUCCGACCUCUUUGGACCCAACAGCGUCGGGGUCAAUCACAACAUCCUCAUCACCAACAUCCCUCUGGGAUCUCUGCUCUAUGGCUUGCUUGCUGCCUUGGUAUAUGAUGCUAAUGGGAAUUCAAGUUCCAUGGAGGUGCUGACCGGCGAUGGGAUGGUGGUGUGCAUGGGGAGGAAAUGUUAUGCUACGACUUUCUUGUGGUGGGGUUGCGUCACUUUGGUUGGGCUGCUCUCUAGUUUGUUCUUGUUUUUGAGGACCAGGCCGGCUUACGACCAGGCGGAGCAUGGCCAGCCGAUGCCGCAGAGCAUGGGCGGCGAGGAUUUCCGAUGAGAGGGGAUGAAGAGGUGCCAUGUUUGAUAGAGAGGCUGGCAGGCCAUCCAUGUGGAGAGUUUGGGGGGCAAGAAGCUCAAACCAAAUCGUGCUGCACUAAAUUAUGACGCAGAAAGGAUAUAUUUGGAAAAAGAGUAUAGGCAAAAUGGAUCCGCUUCUGAUUAAAUGGAAUAUCUGUGUACCGUUUUCUAAACAUUAGGAGACACUAGAUUUCAACAUACGAAGGGAGAUUAGCACAGCCAGCUAAUGUAUGCCGAAAGAGAACUCUGCUUACCAUUUUCUGACAUUGGAUUGCCCGCAUGAUCUCCUAAGAGAGAAUGCAGUGUUAUACCAUGGAUUUUGAAAAAAAAAUGCUAUAUAUAUAUAUACUUCUUUCUAUGUAAAUUUUAAUGUUGUCUAAUUUUU